AUGAAGAGAUCAUUCAGAUCCAUGCUUAGAUCCAUCUUUAUGAGAAUCCUUUAUUUUUUAACAUCAAAUAUUAGUAGCAUAAUAAUUUUUUGUGUGUCGAUAAGUUUCUUGGGUUAUUUUGGAAAGGAGUUACAUAAUAACAAUAAAUUAUUUAAUUUGUAUUCAAAGAAACAUGAAUAUGAAGAAUUAGACACAAAAGAAAAAAGUCAAGAAAAGCCUUUUUUGAAUGGAAAGAAUCAGAGUUUUAAAUUAUAUAAGAUAAUAAAAUUGACACCAACGGUUAAGAUAUUUAUAUUUAGUUAUCCUGAUGAAUAUGAGUAUUUAGGAUUAGGUAUUUGUAAACAUAUAAAAUUCAAUGCAUCAAACAUUGAAGGGAAAAUAAAAGGAAAAUGGAAUAAUAAUGAUGAUAAGGAAAAAAAUUUGAAACAGAUAAGUCGAAGUUAUACCCCAGUAUAUAUUGACAAAAAGAAAAAACAUGUUCAUUUUAUUAUUCGUGUUUAUUAUCCAGAUGAUGAAUAUAUAGAUGGUGGGAAAAUGAGUAUACAACUAAAUAAAUUAAAUAAUAAUGAUGAGAUAGAUAUAAAUGGACCUUUUGGAUUACUAGAGUAUAAAGGAAACAAUGAACUCUUGCAUCUUUCAAAAUCUGUUAAAAUUAAAAAACAUAUUGUUAUGAUUGCUGGUGGUACAGGAAUGACUCCUUUCUUUCGUUUGAUAAAUCAUUUAUUAUUAACAAAAGAAAAGGAACUUCCGAGUGAUCCUGUUUAUAUCACCUUUAUAUAUGCUAACAGGAACGAGAAUGAAAUCUUGUUAAAAUCGAUUUUUGACGAUUAUGAAAACAGGUUCGAAAAUUUCAAGAGGGUAUACAGUGUAGACAAAUGUUUGAAUACUAACCAAAUGGGCAAUUUUGAAAACAUCGGAUUUAUAAAUGAAGAAUUAUUAAGAAAAUAUGUUUUGAAAUAUGAAAAGUUAAAUAUUGAAGUAAAAAAUAAAGAUACCUUAAUUUUAUUAUGCGGACCUCCACCAAUGACAAGUUCAAUUAAAUCAAUAUUGAAGGAUCAGAUCCACAUGGAAAAUAUUAUAGUAUUCUAA